GUUCGUUGUUGAUCAACAACUUGAAACCACAAAUUAAAUAAGCUUUCGAGGGAAAGAAAAAGAGAAACUAUUCUAGAUCCGCAGAACUCUCAGUUCUGUUCCAUUUCUUCCAUCUUCUCCAUGAAUGCGAAGGGCAGGGUACGUAGCUAACAAAUUACUGAAAGCAGAAACAAAAUAUUAGAAACACCGUACUUUUUUUCCCAAGAGAAUAGAAUGUCCUCUGCCCAGCAACGCACGACACAAACUGGAGGCUUCAGAAAAACGAUCGCUUGGUUCUUUAUCGUUGUCGGCACGCUUUACCUCAUCUACUCUUCCCAUCUUAUCCUAAACAACGAUCGCCGAUGUCUUACGACCGAAGAAAAUCUAGAACAUCUUACAAACUUGUCCACAUCAAUCCAGCUAAAUGAACAAGACAGUAGUUUUGAAUCUCCUCCUCCUAUACUUUCUAAGAAAUCACAGGAGUACAACACUGAGCUUAAGCACAUUGUUUUCGGGAUAGCAGCUUCGGCGGAUUUGUGGCAGAAAAGAAAGGAGUACGUAAAGGUGUGGUGGAGGCCGAAGCAGACUAGAGGGAUAGUCUGGAUGGAUAGACAAGUAAGGAGCCCAAGUAAUGAAGGGCUGCCUCAGAUUAGGAUUUCGGCGGACACGUCCAGGUUCAAGUACUCGAAUAAGAAAGGACAUAGAUCGGCCUUGAGGAUUUCGAGGGUGGUUUCGGAGACGUUGAGGCUUGGAUUGAAGGAUGUGCGGUGGUUUGUGAUGGGCGAUGAUGAUACAGUGUUUAUUGUUGAUAAUGUGGUCAGGAUACUUUCGAAAUAUGAUCAUAGGCAGCUUUAUUACGUUGGGAGCUCGUCAGAGAGUCACCUUCAGAAUAUAUAUUUCUCUUAUUCCAUGGCAUACGGAGGAGGUGGUUUUGCUAUUAGCCAGCCAUUGGCACAAGAGCUGGCAAAGAUGCAAGACAGGUGCAUUCGGCGGUAUCCAGGGUUAUAUGGCAGUGAUGACAGAAUCCAAGCUUGCAUGGCUGAGAUUGGGGUGCCGCUCUCCAAGGAAUCUGGGUUUCAUCAGUAUGAUGUAUAUGGAGACCUUCUAGGCCUUCUGGCAGCCCAUCCCGUGGCUCCACUGGCUUCACUUCAUCAUAUCGAUGUAGUGCAGCCAAUAUUCCCUGGCAUGAGCCGAGCCAGAGCUCUCCAACACUUGUUCAAGUCAGUGCAGCUUGAUUCAGCUAGCAUAAUGCAACAAUCCAUCUGCUAUGACAAGAAUAGGUACUGGUCCAUCUCAGUCUCAUGGGGCUAUGUUGUUCAAAUCUGGAGGGGAGUCGUCUCUCCUAGAGAGCUUGAGACUCCGGCUAGAACCUUUCUUAAUUGGUAUCGAAAAGCUGAUUAUACUGCAUAUACAUUUAACACAAGGCCCGUGACGAAGCACCCAUGUAUGAAGCCCUUCGUUUUUUACAUGAGCACUUCUAAAUAUGAUCGAGCUAAGAAGCGAGCGAUCGGGGUCUACACUCGCCGUAAAUCACCAUCCCCUUAUUGCCGGUGGAAAAUGGCAUCCCCAGAAAGAAUUGACUCAAUUGUAGUAUUGAAGAGGCCGGAUACCCUUCGAUGGCUCAAGUCACCGAGAAGGGACUGUUGCAGAGUUCUGCCAACAAAUAAGGCCUCAACGAUGUACUUGUGGGUUGGCAAUUGCAGAGAUGGUGAGAUCAGUGAAUUCCAGCGACCAAAGUAAUAUUUAUUAUUUUCUUUCUCGGAUCAUACCAUCCCAAUGCCUUAAUUUCCCGGAGAAUGCUGAAUGCAUACAGGAAUCAAAUCAAUACCAAGGGUAUAAAAUAGAACAGAAAUAGAGCUCAUUUUUACUAGUUUGAGCUGCUGCAACAAAGAACUCAGGUUUUCAAUAGCCAUUUCUUUGCUUCAUUCAUAGAGGUAAAUUUGAUACAAGCUCAUGAUUAACAACAAUUUGUUUUCGCUACAUCACCUAGUUUAAAGGUGUUCUCUCUAUUAUCUUCUCGAAGUGCUGAAAAUCAUAUUUUGGUACCUACUUCUGCUGCAAUUAAAAUAAAAUUCUGAGUGAUAGUUUCCUCA